AUGGAGCCUCGCUCGCCGGAAGCACUUAAAAUUCCCGAGUUGAUCAUCAUUAUACUAAAGCUCGUGGACAAAAGAACACUCAUGGAAGCCCUGGUUGUCAAUAAGCGUUGGUUCGAGUGCGCAAUAUUGCUGCUGUGGCGAAAAGCGAACCUGGGAGAUCUGGCGCUCAUCCAGGCCGCGGACCGACGACAAAGCUGCGCCGAGAAAAUACGAAUCCUCCGCUUUCCGGACGGCAAGGCCUUCAACGACGAUAAAACCCGGGACCUGGCCUUUCCCCGGUUGAGGUCUCUGAGAUUCAAGCGGCUCAGCGACGUCCAGCUCCUGGCCUACCUCAAGCCGUGCGUCAAGAGGCUGAAGCUGAUGGAUGUUUUAUGGUCGGACGACGACUUCUCCGCAGCGGCCAAGCUGGCCGGCAACCUCAAGUACAUCCGACUCCGAAACAUGACUGAACGCGCGUCGAGCGCGGCGCUUGCCAACUUUCUCGGAAGCUGCGUGUCCGCCGAGCGGAUUGAGGUCUUCGAGCGUGAAAGCUUCGAGCAUCACGAGGGAGUCAACGAGUACCAUCUGCGCCUCGCCGAGCUCCGGCACCUCAAGACCCUCGACCAGCUGGGGGAAAACCUGACCGCCGCGACCGUGGGCCGGAUCGCCGAGACCGUGGAUGGGCCCUUUGCGUCGCUCCGGCUGCUGAGUACCCGCGCCGAGGCCGCCACGCUUCCGAAGCUGUGCCGCAUUCUCCCCGUGGACAGCCUGAGGGGGCUGUCGCUGGAUACCACCCAUCGCGACGACGGACGGCCCGGGCCGCCGCCGCCGCGGCGGCGCGUGAACCUGAAGGACAUGGCCAGACUGACCGGCCUGCAAGGGCUGCACCUAACCUUCCGCCACGACACGGUCGACACGGCGCCGCUGUCCGAGCUGUGGAACAUGCGAAAUCUGGGGCUGCACUGCCACUGGGGAGGGCCCAAGGACGUCAAGUUCUUGUCAGGCAUGGCCAGGUUGCAGGACCUGCAUCUGACUUUCUGGACAAACUUCGACAUGGCGCCGCUGUCCAGGCUUGUCAACCUGCAAAGGCUUCAGCUGCGCACCACAAACCGUCAGAAGUCCCUGGACGUGCGCUUCCUUGCCGACCUGCACAACCUGCAGGAUCUGCAUCUGACCUUCUCGACAAGCUUCCACACGGCGCCGCUGUCCGGACUUGUCAGCCUGCGAAGGCUCCAGCUGAACGCCCUCAGCCAUCCAGAGACUCCGUCCCACAGCCGCCCGGGGAUCCUGGACAUGCGCUUCCUGGCCAACCUACGCAGCCUGCAGGAGCUGAUGAUGACUGGCGUGCACGACUUCGACGUGGUGCCGCUGUCCGGGCUGCUCAGCCUGCGGAAGCUGCAGUUGGGCUACGCACAUCCGGGGCCCUUGCACGCGCGGCUCCCCUCCGGCCUACCCGACUUGCGGGAGCUGCGGAUCUCUCCCGUCCACAUGGAAGAGCAGCCCGUGGACGCGACGCCGCUGCCCGUGCCCGCCAACCUGCGAAAGCUGGACCUGGUCGUCACGUGCAGGUCGACAGACCUGUGCCUAAAGCCGCUGGCCAGGUUCACCAGCCUGCGUGUCCUGAAGCUGCGCAUUCAAGGAAUUCAGCAGGCCCGAGCCGCGGAGCCGCUGUAUCGUAUCAUCACCAUAGACACGGAGCCGCUGUCCCGGCUCAUCAAUCUGCGCACCCUGGACGUGACCUGCAACUGGUACUCGAGUCUGUUCUACAUGAACACGGGGCCGCUGUCCAGGCUCACCAACCUGCGAGUCCUGCGGGUGCAUUUCCGGGAAAAGGUGCAUCUGGACAUUGAGCCUCUGUCGCAGCUGACCAAACUGCGAAAGCUGCGUCUGGAGUGUGCCUUCCGCUGGCGGCAGCUGCGCCACCUCUCGUCGCUCCGCCGCUUGGAGAGCCUCAACCUCGAAAACGACGCUCUUUUGGCCGACUUGGCAUGGGGAGGGGGGGAGGGGCACGAUGCCAUCACGAAGCUCCUGGCCCCGUUAUCACGCUUGCGGAGGCUGCGCCUGUGGACUGGGUGCGACGAACUCCGCGUCCCCGUCCAUGUGCUGUCUGCGCUGGGCCGACACUGCCCAACCAUCGUUGACUGCGAGAUCGCUCAUCUCCUUGUGACGCGCCGAGACCUGGAGCGAUGCGAGGCGCAAAAACCGAGCCGCGGGUUUUGCGAGAAGCUGUUCAUCCGAGGCUUUCUCGCCGAUUACUCCAGACGGCCCGGCAGCGAAUUGGCCGCAAGGCUGUCCUAUAUAAGCCUGUUUCGCAAAAAGUUUCCUGCGGUAAAGAGGGUAGAUGUUUGGGGUUGUGGUAAUGAGUUUGAGAAGAAGAUUACUGCUGGGCUCCGGUUCACUCCUAGAGAUAAUCCCUCGAGGGAUGACUCCGGUGUCGAAGAACCCGAAAUCAAAGAAUCUGAUGAACCUCAACAACGCGUCUGCCGCCCCUCUCCGUCUCUCCCCAACUCUGCUCUCUCACAGCUGCGGGCACAUGGCUUCAAACUCGGAAAGCUCGACUGCGCCGAGGCCUCGGAAGAAGCGAAUACCGACGGCCUGCGGUGCUUGUCGGGCGUCCAAGGUCAGUACAGCCUCAGCACUCACUGGCUGCUGCUAUGCCGCUCCCUGAAAAAGACGUGCAACUUUACUGAGCGGCCCAAAGACCCCUACCAAGAAAAAAUCGACGCGCUGAGUGAUCAAGUAUCGGCUCUGAAAAGACAGCUGGACAGCACCACCACCACCACCGCCAACUCUCACCAAAAUUGCCUCAGCACCGGACCAGGCAUCUCCAACCCUCCCAGCCAAUACCCGGCUCACGGCCCUCCCAUCAUCCCCGAUGCCGUGUCUUCCAGCACAUCCACCCAAUCCCCCGAAACCACCACCGGCAGCCUCCUCCCCCGCCGCCGGGGCCGCCGGUCCCACUUCAUCGCCUCCCCCGGCCCUCUGCCGGACCUCCUCUCCGCCGGCCUCCUCACCCCCUCCCAGGCCGCCCUCUACCACGCCACCUUCUUCUCCGGCUGCGACCGCUACGUGCCCGUCUUCUCCCCCGCCACCCACGACACCCUCGCCUCCCUCCGCCAGCGCUCCCCGCUCCUCCUCGCCGCCGUCUGCACCGUCGGCUGCCGCGUCGCCUGCGGCACCGACUCCCACCAGUGGCGCCUCCUCAACUUUCACCUCUCCCGCAUGCUCUCCCACGUCACCUCCUCCUCCUCCUCCUCCUCCUCCUCCUCCUCGGGCCUCGCUUCGCUCGAGACGGUCCAGGCGUUCCUCGUCCGCGCGUGCUACUCGGCCGAGCGCUCGCUGCUGGUCGCCAGCGCCACCCGGCUCGCCGUCGAGAUGGGCCUGCCGGACGCCUUUGACGAGCUCAUGGCGGGCGGCCCCGGCGCGGAGGAGGACGAGGCGAGGCUGGUGCGGUGCGCGCGCACCUGGCUGCACGUGCUGGUGCUCAGCCACAUCCUGCACGUCGACGCCGGCGACGCGCUGCCCUUCCGCUUCUCCGGGGAUCCGCGGCGCGCGCGGGGCGUCCUGCUCAACUCGCCGCACGCCACCCCGCUCGACCGCUUCCUGCUCGCGCAGGUCGAGCUCAACGUGCUGCGGGCGCGGCUCCUCCCCGCCCGGCCCUUCCAGGACGACGACGAGAUGCAGUGCUUCGUGCGCGAGGCCACGCUCGACAUCGACCUGUGGCACGACGACUGGGAGCGCAUCCUGCUCGCCGCCGAGGACGGGGAGGCGUCGCCGUGGAUGCUGGUCAACCUCGCGGUGCAGCGGUGCUGGGCGACCACCACCGCGCUGUGCCGCGCCGUGCGCGCCGCUGCCGGCGGCGUCGACGACGUCGACGCCAUGACCCCCGCGCAGCGCGCCGUGCUCGUCGCCGCGCGCGGAGCCCUCCGGGGCCACCUGCGCGCGCUCCUGGCCGAGCCGCGGCGGUACCUGCGCGACCUACGCUACGCCAUGGACUUUGUCUGGGCCAAGUGCGCCUUCUGCUACCUGCUGCUGCUGAAGCUGUGCAUACUCCUACCAGGGGGCGGCGGCGGCGGCGGCGGCGACGACGACGACCUGGACGAGGAGGGGCUGGUCGCGUGCGGCGCGGUGCUGGCCGCGGAGCUGGGCGACGCCGGCGUCACGCAGGUGGCCAACAGCACGGCGCGCAUGUACCUGCAGCUGCUGCAGACGGGCACCGAGACCUUUGCGCGGGCGCUGCAGCGCCGUCGGGAGCUGCCCGGCGGCGGGGACCAGGACGAGGCGGCAGCGGGCGGCUAUCAUCCCGAGGCCGCGGCGACGGCGGCCGACGAGCUCGACGCGUUCGUGCCGGACCAGUUCGUCUUUGAAUGGGACUUUCCGGGGCUGACGCUGUUUUCCUCCUCGACGACGGGCAUUGGCUGGCUCGACGACAUCCUGCUCGGCGCGCUCAACGGCGGCGGUGACUUUUACGGCUUCAUGGCGCCGGCCGCCGAGUUUGGCGACCCGGCUGGCUGA